CCUCCUGCCCCUCCUCCGCCCGCCCGCGGCCGCCGCCGCCCGCCCGCCGGCCCCCUCCAGAAACAUUAUGUACCAAAUAAGGUUCCUUACAGUUGCACCUCAACAGGAGGGAAGUGUUAAAGAAGAACCAGUUUCAGAAAUUCAAACCAGACGGAGCUGGCAGUUUGACUGGGCGUUAAAUAAACUGGAUAACUCUGUCAGAAAAACUGGCCGCAUCCCUAAAGCCCUUCUACUAAAAAUCUUCCAUGAAAUAUGCAAAACAGGGUGUCCAGGGAGUAACCAGGCCUUGCUUUUGUUGCGAAGUUGUGGUGCUCUUUUACCAGAGGUAUCGUUACCUGAAAGAACAGAACUAGCCCAUAUGAUGUGGGACAAGAUGAAAGAACUGGGUGCUGUGUAUGAUACAAGCCAUUAUAAUGCUUUACUUAAAGUCUACCUUCAGAAUGAGCACAAAUUCUCUCCAAUGGAAUUCUUGGCCAGAAUGGAGGAAGCUAAUGUGCAGCCCAAUCGAGUCACAUACCAAAGGUUGAUUGCUGCUUAUUGCAAUGAGGGUGACAUUGAAGGAGCAAGUAAGAUUCUUGGAUUUAUGAAGAACAAAGAUCUCCCAAUCACUGAGGCAGUAUUCAGUAGUCUUGUGAAAGGUCAUGCAAGAUCAGGAGAUAUGAAGAGUGCAGAAAAUAUUCUUUCAGUGAUGAGGAUGGCCGGUGUUGAACCAGGUCCAGACACCUAUUUAUCCCUGCUGAAUGUGUAUGCUGAAAAGGGUGAUGCUGAUAGCAUCAAAAAGACUCUAGAAGAGGUUGAGAAGACUGAAGGGUACCUUAUGGAUAGGAUUUUGAUGCAGGUGAUUUUUAGCCUUGCCAAGGCUGGAUAUCCUCAGUACAUCGAAGAGAUUAAAGAACGCAUAAGAUUUGAAAGGGAAUUAAUUCCAGAUACAAUGAACCUGUGUUUGACUCUGGUAACUCAUGGCUUCGAAGAUAUAAGUUUCCGUAUUUUGAAGUCUCUUAAUCAUUUAUCACGUGAUAAUAUGGACCAGGGUAGCUUCUUCUUGCAACAUUGUGUAAAUAGAGAUAUGCCUGUGAACAAGCUGAAGCAAUUUUGUAGUGAGUUAAAAGAAGCAAAAAUGCACUCGGCACCGUUACCAUUUAUUUUGCGUUGCGCUUUGGAGGCCAACAAAUCAGCCUUGGCCAUUGAUGUGAUGAAGAUGAUGAAAGAGGAGGGCUUGCCACUCAGACCUCACUAUUCCUGGCCGCUGCUAGUUGGGUUCCAGAAAGAGAAGAACCUUAAAGGUAUCUUUGAGGUCCUCAAAGUGAUGCACGAGUUGGGGGUGGAACUUGAUACAGAAACAUACACAGACUAUGUUUUUAAAAAUUUUGCUGAUAGUGAAACUGCCCGUGCCCAGCUGAAGGAAAAUGACUGCCUGUUUGAAACUGUUGGACUUUGUGUAGCAGAAAUAAGAUAUGAAGCAGCACAUGGAAGACUGAACAGUGUUCUUUCUCUAUUGUCUUCACCAAGCACACCUCGUAUUGAUAUUCGUCAGUUUAGAAACAGCCUCAUUUUGGGUUUUAAAAGCUCAAAUGAUGUACAUCUUUGGAGCAAGAUAACAGAACUGUUGUACAAGGAUGAACGUUAUUGCCUGACGCCUCCAGGACCAACUGAAGCUGUUGGCUAUUUUCUUUAUCACUUGAUUGACAGCAUGAGUGACUCAGAGGUACAGGCCAAGGAGGAGCGUUUGAGACAAUACUUCCAUCAGCUGAAGAAGAUGAAUAUCGUUAUCCCUACAACCCACUACAGCGGCAUUUGCAGACUGCUGGACUCCUCUCAAGUUCCUGAAUUAAUUAAGGAUGCAAGGUUACUGUCUCAUAAAAAGACCCUGUCUACAGACAACAUUCCAGAAAGUGCUAAAUCUGACGUGUCUGCUUUGGAGAAGAAACUAGAAAAGCGAAAAGCUGAAAACCAGCCUAUUACAGAUGUCUUGAAGCAACUCAUACAUGCUCUUUGUGAAGAAGAGAAUAUGCAAAAAGCCCUUGAAGUGAAAGCCAAAUACGAACCGGACAUGGUUGUCGGUGGCUAUGCAGCCUUAAUAAAUUUGUGCUGUCGACAUGAUAAUGUAGAAGAGGCAAUGAACCUGAAAGAAAAAGUCUUCCCUAAGAAUUCACCUGUUGCUCUUGACACUGGAAAGUACGUAGCGCUGGUAGAAGUCUUAGGAAAGCAUGGUAGACUAGAAGAUGCUAUUAACAUUCUAACGGAGAUGAAAGAGAAAGAUGUUCCUAUCUCAGACAGAACAGUUGCAUCUUUUUUCCGCAUUCUUAAUGCUGCUGCCAUCCGAGGUGAAGUUGAAACAGUGAAUCGAUUACAUGAGACCAUUGUGAACCUGGGGUUGGCAGAAACUGCUGUCCUUCAUUCCCCUCUGAUUACAGUUCACCUUGAAAAGGAUGACAUGCCUGCAGCUCUGGAAGCUUUAAUCAACUGUUAUAAGAAGUAUGGUAAAAUUCUUCAGCUUCAUAACAUCUACUGUAGACUGAUAGAAAAAGGAGACGCUGAUCUUCUGCAAAAGGUUUCAGAUUUUAUAAGCAGAGAAUAUGGUGACAUGAUGGCUCUUUAUGAUCUCUUCUUCGCCUUCUUGCAAACAGGAAAAUACAAAGAGGCCAGGAAGGUCAUUGAGACUCCUGGCUUGAGAGCACACUCUGGAAGGUUGCAGUGGUUUGCAAAAAAGUGUAUAUCAAGUAAUCAGAUGGAGACUUUGGAAUACUUGAUAGAAUUAACUCAAAAUCUAUUUGAAUGUGAUAGAGAUGAGAUGUACUACUGCCUGCUUCAACUGUGUGAGAACAACGGUGACUGGAGAAAGGCUGAAGCUGUUUGGACUAAAAUUCAAGAAGAAAAUGUUGUUCCUCGUGAGAAAACACUGGCCUUACUGGCUGAUAUACUUGAGAAAAAUGGUCAAGUUGUUCCAUUUGAGGUACCUAAGGUUAGACGUGAAGAUACCAGAAGUUUAAGUGCUUCUAAUGUGGAAGAAAGAAAAAUAAGGAUGCUUUGCAAGAAAAACAAGGCAAAAGAGGCCUACAGUGUUUUCCUGAAAAUGCAAGGGAAGCAUGAGUUUCAUUAUCGUUCUUAUGACACCUUUAUAAAAGCAUUGUUAACACAGAAUUGUCUUGAAGAAGCCAUCGAAGUGAAACACAUUGCUGAGACCCACAUCAAGGGCUUCACACUGAACAGUGCUGCCAGCAGCCUCCUCAUCAUAUCGCAAGUUAGGCGGGAUUAUUUGAAAGAUGCCAUGGCUGUUUUAAAAGGAAUGCUUGACAGUGGCUUGUUGCCUACUAGACCAGCAGUUAUUGCGCUCACUCAGACUCUGGCAGAAAAAGGAGAUCUAAAGAACCUGCAAGCACUUAAAAACAUGCUGGAAGACAUCACAAAAUCAAUUGGUGUAUCUGCCUCACUAAUUGCUAAUGCUAUUGCGUUAGCUCAUACUAAAAACAAUGACCUUGAUACUGCCGUGGAAUACCUUGAGCCUCUGCUUAUCUCUGGUGCACAGAAUCCUGAUCAAGCUGUCAAAAAUAUUUCCUAUUUGUUAAGAAAGGUUUCUGAGGAAGGAUUAGAACCAGCUUUGGAAAAAUUUGGUGUGAUGGCAGAACGACUGGCCAGUCAGUUUGGAAUUUACAGACCUGUCACAGAUCUCUUCCUUCAAUAUGUCAGUGCAGACAGAGUGGAUGAUGCCAGAUCGCUGAUACAGAGGUGUGGUGCAUUAGUUGAGGAGAAGAGAACUUUAGUGAGCUUUAUGGCUCGAUCAGCAUCUAAACCUGGACAGGCAAAGAAGAUCGAGACACUUCUAGAACUGAUUCCUGAGCAUCUAGAUACGGAAAUUGCAUACCAUUACCUCAUGAGAUGUUAUGAAUUGGAUGGAGAUGUUGCUUCUGUAAAGGCUAUAUAUGAGAAAACAAAAGCGAAGAAUAUACAGCUGCACGAGCUAUCUCUGAAAUCUUCAGCAGCUUUUCUGAAGAAAGUAGGAGAGCCUGUCCCUUUCACUGAACCCCCUGAGACAUUCAAGUUUUAUGUGGAAAAAUGGAGGAAAAGAAGAUUGGAAGCCUCAUGAGCAGUCAGUCUCUUAUGCUUUAGUUGUUUAUGAAAUAGUUUAAAUAUUACAUUCAAUAAAAAUUUUAAAAAGCAUGUUGUUCUGUGUAAUUUUUACCAUAAAUCUGUGUUUAAACAGCACUUUCCAUAGCUGUAAUUGAUAGAAACAUUCAUUAAUAGAAAUGCUGUUAAAAUUGCUAAUGAAAUAUCAAGAUGCAGCUUUCUAGACUCUUUCUGUUUUGAUGUAUGAUCUGCUGUAACCUGAACUGUGUUUUGGCUGCUGUUGAUUCACCAAAUAUAUGUAUAUCAAGAAAGUUGCUAGAGGUGUAUGUAACUGUAACUUAAGCAAACUGUCUUAUCCUUUGUUGUUCUUUGUCUGGUCAAUGUACUUCGGGGUGAAAGUAGAAGGGUAAAGAAGAUCAUCUUCAGGAUUCAUCUGUAUCUACGCAGAAAAUAAACACAUCUUUUUUAGAUUUC